AUGCUCUCGAUCGCCUCGUCGUUCGAGACCGGGCGGCCCGGCGCGCGCAUCGCCCCCGCGCCUGCCCUCCCGCCCAAAAAGGCCAACCCCGUCAGCCGAUCGGCUCCCGACCACUCCGCCCGGUGCCCGGAGCCCUCCGCACGGCCUCCAAGCAACUCUCCGGCCGUCUCCGCGGCGGUCCCGGAUUGCGAUCCCGCCCUUUUGCCGGGGCCGUCCAGCAGCGGCGUGGUGGCGGUGGGGGAUGAGAUGCGGAUGGGACGGGAGGUUGUCCCUGUGGGAAAGGCUGGCAGGCGUUUGAGGAGAGGGGAUGAGGGCGGGCGAAGUGCGCGGUGGCAGGCGGCGGCGGCGAGGCUGGAGGAGGCGUCGGCCGCCGGGGUGCCCCCCCCGAGGGAGGCGUGCAACGCGGUGCUGCAGGGGCAAUGUCAAAACCUGCAAUUCAACAAACCUUGGCGGACAUACUGCGAGUUGAAGAACAAGUUUCCUGAUGACAUGGGCAAUUUGCUGAGCUACCAAACAUACCACAUACUCAUGUCGGCAGCUUUGCAGGCUGGUGAUGAUCUCAAGGCUGUUGAAGUUUUCAGGGACCUGCCAAUGGCGGGGUUCGAAGCCAAUGUGGUGACACACUGCCAAUUGAUCAGUGGGCUGCUGAAAUGCCGUCGGCGGGGCACCCCCAAUAGCCAGCAGGCGUAUCAGCUCUGGCAGGAGCUGUCCCUGAGGGGUGACCUGGAUGCUGGAGCGUACAAGACAGGUUGCAAUGCUUGCAUUGCGGCGGGGAAGCUAGAGGAGGCCGAGAAGCUGAUAACCACAAUGAGGGUGCAUGGGUUGAGGCCUGAUGUAAAAAUGUACAACAUUGUGCUUAAGGGUCGUUGCAAAAUUGGCAACAUGGAUUCUGCAGUCCAGUGGCUGCAGAUGAUGGAACAGGCGGAUUUGCAGCCAACUCGUGUCACCUACAACACGUUGGUGAAUGGAUUCGUUGACAAUGGACAGAUGGCAAAGGCUCAGGCGAUGCUGGAAGAGGCAGACAUCGAAGGCAUCCCUCCUGACGUGUGGUCGUAUACUGCGUUGAUGAAAGGGCACCUGAAGGAUGGACGGCUUGACAAAAUGGAACAGUGCAUCGUUGAUCUUGAGGAACGGGGGGGCAAGCCGAACCUGGUGACGUUCGGUGUUUUAAUUGAUGGAUAUGUGUCCAUUGGGAACAUGGAAAUGGUGGAAGCAACCCUCCAGCGAAUGCGACAACUUGGCAUCAAGCCUAACGUUGUUAUUUACAACACCCUGUUGAAAGGCCUUGCUGCUUCUGGCAAGGCUUCUGUUGAGGACAUGUUUGGCAUGUUGGACGACAUGGCGUCCUGGGGCUUGGUGGCCAAGGCAGACACAUACAACAUCAUCCUGCAGUACAUUAUUGCACGGGGCCAGUAUUCAGCCGUGGAGGGCAUCUUCCAUCGGAUGAUCGAGGCAGAGGUUUCUCCAGAUGCAAUCUCAUACACUCUGCUGCUCGGAUCGACAAAAGACCGGGGGAUGCCAGUCAGGGGGCGGCGAGUGUUUGAACAGCUGCAAGGGGAUGGUGGAGCAGAUGUGGACGUUGCGGCUUGGAGCGCCUUUGCCUCGUGUCUGGUGUCCGCAGGAAUGAUGGACACGGCGGAGCAGGCUGCAAAGGAUGCUGUGGCUUGUGCGAAGGAACGGGGGGAGGCGGUGCCGCUCAAGGCCUUUGGGGCCAUCAUCGAUGGGUACUCGAGACAAGGAAACGUCCACAAGGCCAUCGCCAUGUUCCGGCAAUUUUACAAACUUGGUGGUCAACCUGACCUGCAUAUGUUCGAGUCCCUUAUGGAGCUGUGUCUACGCUGUGGAGAAAAUGAGCCUGCCCUCUCGAUUCUGAGGGCCUUGCAGUUUUCAGGGCUGAAAGUUGACAUGAACAAGUAUACGAGCUGGUUCGAAGAUGCAGAUGAAGGGCAAUUCAAGGGGAACAGCGCACAGAGCCGCGAGCUGUCAACCAGCAUUGAGAGGUUGAAAUUUUGGGUGGGACUGCCAAAUGGGUAUUAUGACACAGAGUGGCCAUGA